AGCAGCCAUAAAUAGUCUCAUUGACUCCUCACUAUUGAUUAUGCAUUCUCCAGAGAUCAACAAACAUGAGCAAGAAUAUGUGACAAUGCAUGACAUGGUUCGCGAUGUAGCUUUGUGGAUAGCAUCUAAACAGGAUCAUACGAUUAAGGUAAACUAUACAAAAGAGCUGAAUGAAUUUCUUGAUAAUGAAGCAAUAAAAGAUUUCUAUGCUAUAGCUUCAUGGUAUGACUUGAAUGGAUUACUUCAAUUUCCUUCUCGAUUGGAUGCUCCAAAGCUUGAGAUUUUAUUGUUUGAUUCAUCAACAACCUUUGAUUUAUCACUUGCAUCAUUUGAAGGUACAAAAGAACUCAAGGUUUUUGCUGUGAUUCAUAGAUAUAGCUAUCCUUCUCUGAUGAAAAAGCCUCAAUCAAUCCAACAAUUGUCUAAUCUUCGAACCCUAAGGUUGCAACAUUGGGAUUUAGGUGAUAUCUCUUUUGUGGUAAGCCUUACAAGACUUGAAAUUCUUGACUUGAAAGGUAGUGAAUUUGAAAAACUACCAAAUGGAAUUGAAAAGUUAAACAAGCUGAAAAUGUUAGAUUUGUCAAGGUGUAAAAUAGAUGAGUGUUGUUAUAAAGUAAUCGGAAGGUGCUCGCAUCUAGAAGAGCUAUAUGUUUAUCCACAUUUUUCGCAUCUAGAAAACAUAAAUUGCUUUGAAUACCUUCAGGGUGUCCCUGCUUUAACGAAAUUGAAAAGGUACAAGUUAGAAAUGGGGAAACUCACCGAAAAUGCCAGAUUUUUUUGGAGAGAAGAAAGAAGAUCUUUAUGCUUGGGUCAUCCAAAUAUCUCAAUGUCAAGUGCGCUAAUCAAAGAUAUUGUACAAAGAGCAACUGCAAUUCAAUUUUAUAAGCUUCUGGGAGGUUGCAAAAGCUUCAUUCCUAAUAUGGUCCAAGCUAUGGGAGGCAUGAAUGAGUUAACUAAACUUCAUCUUCAAUGCUGUUCAGAGAUGGAAUGCAUUGCUGAUGAAACUACUCUUAUGAAGAUGUGGUUGUCUCAAGAUUGGGUGAGUUGACACUGAAUGAUAUGGGUAAUCUAAAACAACUAUGUUGUGGUCCUUCUCUUGUUAGCAUGUUCCAAAAGCUGGAAAGUCUAGGUAUAUUCAACUGCCCUCAAUUGCUCCACAUAUUCCCUGUUGACUGCAACUUAAGAAAUCUUAAGUUUCUCGAUAUUGUUGAAUGUCCGAUGUUGACAUCUCUGUUCCCUGUCUCUGUUGCUUGUACUCUGUUAUCCCUAGAGAAGCUCUAUAUUGAAAACUGCAUUGAAUUGAAGCAUUUAAUUGAGGUAGAGACUGGUGGUGAUCAAAAUGAAAUUCAAAUAGUGCUUCCUCCUUGGAACGUCUUCAGCUUCAAAAUCUUCCAAAUCUUGUUGGAAUUUGUUCAAAAAGGUGUCAACCAAGGUUCUCAUCUAUAAAGGAAGUAUCAUUGAUAAACUGUCCAAAUAUGGAAUUGCAGGAACUUAAAAUGCAUCAACUGAGGAAUGAAGAAUACAAGCCAUUGGCAGCCAUAGAACGGAUUAAUCUUUGCAAUUGUGAAGUAGAAUCCAUUUUUCAAUAUCAGACUAGGAUUGGAGAUCAAACUCCAAAAUUCCAAUACCUUAAAAUGUUGACUUUGAAAGAAUGUGCAAGAUUGAAAUUUGUCUUCUUUGCUCCAAUCUGCCAAGGCCUUCCAGAGUUAUCUGAUGUAUCCAUAUCUGACUGUGAGGAGUUGGAGGCAAUUUUUUUAGGGAAUGAAGAGUCUGACGAGAAUGCAUCCAUAACUGAAGCUUGCUUGCUGAAAUUGAGGAGUUUGGAAAUUAAAAAGUGCAACAAGCUGAAAUUCAUUUUAUCUUUCAUUACCAAUAAUGCUACCACUUCAAUGCUUCCACAACUAAGCACCCUGACUAUAUCAGAUUCUUCUCAGCUGGAAGAAGUUUUCAGGUGCUUUAAUAUUGAAGACUAUGACAUUGACGGUGAAAGGGAGAUUGUGUUCCCAAGCUUGAAAGAUAUAACACUUGGGAAGCUUCCAAGACUUGUUAAUGUUUGCAAAGGGUUUAAGAUGCACUUAGGGGCGUCUUGCACGGUUGGCCUGUAUGAUUGCCCAAAAUUUAUGUCAAUUAUGAGAGCAACAAUUGAUUGGAAUGAAAAGAGAAUUGAAAGGAAGUGUGUGUUGAGAUACAGCCAAUUAAAUAAUAAUGAAGCUCUCAAUCUUCCACUCUCUAUUCUAGUUACUAGAAAGAAGCUUGUUAUUCAAAGUUCUGCUGUUGUUGAAGAUACAUUUGCAGUUAUUGGUGAUGAUGACCAAGAAGAAAUUGAGAACUCAGAAAUGUUGAAAUCUGAACAACAGAUGCUCAGAGGUCUUGUUCCCACACAAGUUUUGAUCUUUCAAUAUCUACAUUCCUUGGAAAUGAUUCAAUGUAAAAAGUUAAAGUUUUUAUUCUUAGUAAGCACCAUUGUCAACAACAGCCUUCCAAAUUUGAGUUCCCUAAUCUUAUCUGAUUGUGAGGAAUUGGAGGUGAUUUUUGGACAUAGUAAUGAAGAUAAUGCCAACUGCAGUGAAAAAAUUGUGCUUUCAACCUUAAGGAAAAUAAAGCUUCAAAAUUUACCAAAUUUUAUCAAUGUUUGUCAAGGGAUGCAGAUUCAAGUGCAACUGGAUGACAUAAGAAUAUGGAACUGCCCCAAAUUUCUUGAUUCAAGUUUAGGAUCAGCUCUUCAACAAAUGGAAACAAUAUCGUUGCAGUUCCCCCAAGCUUCUAUAGAAAAUUCAGGUUUUCAAACUGCAACAGAUGUAAAAAGACAGUUAUCUAUAAAUAAAGAAAAAGGGAUGAUCUUGACCUCAAGAGUAGAACAUUUGUCUUUGAAGGAUUCAGAGAGCCUCAUGUAUUUAUGGGAGGGUUCCACUGUCAUUAGCUUCCAAACUCUGAAGCAGUUAUUUGUCAAUGGAUGCAAGAAAUUGAAGUGUAUCUUUCCCAGCACUGUCAUCAAAAGCCUACCAUGUUUGUGGUAUCUACAUAUUGAAGGAUGUGAAGAGUUGGAGGAAAUAAUGUCAUCAGAGCCUCUCUUUCCAAAUGCUUCCUCUUCUUCCUUCUGUUUCCCAAAACUUCAAAGCCUUGAUGUAAUUAAAUGCAGAAAGUUGAAGUGGCUCUUCCCCUCUCUGCCCUCUACUCAACAUCUUCCGCUGUUGGGACAUCUGACGAUAAAACAUUGCUGUCAGGUAGAGGGACUUUUCAAAUGUGAAGUUGAAAUUCAAGAGGAAGGGUUCUACAACAACCUACUUCCAAAGCUACCAUAUCUUAUAGUUGAUGAUUGCCCCAUGUUCUCUGAAACCACACUCGCUGCUCUUCAAAGCUCCACACGCAGAUGGUGAAGCUUCAGAUGAUGAUAAUCGUUUCUCUUACUAUUACGGAGGAGGAUAUGAAUGUGAUAAUGCAAUUAAGCCUUGCUAUAUAUGUAUAGGCCUUGUAAGUUAGUAUUUGCCUCUGUUUAAUGUAAUCAAAUAUCUGUGGAUUACUGGCGUCCAAUAUUUAUAACAUUCGUUUUGACAUAAAGAUACAUUGUAUUCAUGUUGGAAUAACGUUAUGUGAAAAUUGAAGGACACGUUUUUCAUUAUCAA